AACGAAUAGCCACUGUAGGCCGCACGGGCAUAAUGUAGGUAUACUGGACCAUGUUCAGAACAAUUAAAAAUGCGCCGACCUUUCUUGCUCUGUCGUGUCAUCCCAACAGACUGGAUAGGAGCAGGCUGUGGCGACAAAGUGGAUACCUUUGACCAUGACAGCCGCAGGAUUGACACCUCUACCCAGACCAACAAUUCAGGCCCACACAAGCAGCAAACGCACCGACGACCGGACAAGCACCCGUGCCGCUUCUGUCCUCACUCAAGCUCUUCCGCUGCAGAUGUCGCAAUCCACGAGAGGACUCACACUGGCGAGAGGCCCUUCAGUUGCGAUGCCUGCGAGAAAACAUUUGCGCGUAAGGAUUGCUUCACAGCUCAUGUUAGAAUUCACACCGGAGAGAAGCCGUUUAAGUGCAACACGUGCAGCAGGGCGUUUACUCAGAAAACCAGCUUGACGAAUCAUGAGAGAACUCAUACUGGAGAGAAGCCGUACAAGUGUAACACGUGCAGCGGGGCGUUUAGUCAUAAAUGGAGCUUGGCGGAUCACGAAAGAAUUCAUACAGGAGAGAAGCCGUACAGGUGCAACACGUGCUGCAAGGCGUUCACUAAGAAAACCAACUUGGUAAAUCAUGAGAGGACUCACACCGGAGAGAAGCCGUUCAAGUGCAACACGUGCAGCAAGGCGUUUACUCUGAAACGCACUUUGGCGGAUCACGAAAGAAUUCACACUGGAGAGAAGCCGUUCAAGUGCAACACGUGUAGCAGGGCGUUUAGUCAUAAAUGCAGCUUGGCGGUUCAUGAGACGACUCACACAGGAGAGAAGCCGUUCAAGUGCGAGACCUGCAGUAGAGCGUUUACGGCUUAUAGCGAUUUACACACUCAUCGGAAGAUACAUCGCAAGUGAUCGAAACAGCAACGUGCAUCAUAGUUGCGGAGGGGAUUUAAACGAAAUACUCGAGCAUCGACGUGUGUUCAUUUGGCUUGGCGAUAGACCUGCAGCGGUUCUAUUUGCGAGCAGUGUGUGUUUCGCUGGUUCAAAAUGUUUCAGCCUGUUAUUUAUCGAGCAAACGCAGAUAAAAAAUGUGAAUUAACCUUAGUCGAAGCGACCAGAGGUCUUUUUUGUACACGAAAAAAAGAAAAUAUUUGAAGCCUUA